AUGACCAGCGGCGGUGCAGCAGGCGCCGGGGCCACGGGAGGCAAGGCCGCCGCCCCGCUUCGGCUGCACCACUACCUCGUGAUGGCCGGGGUGGCGGCCGCGGUCGUCCUCGCCUGCCUCAGGUACGCGCCGGACGCCGCGGGGUACAGCUUCCUGGCCGUCGCGCCGCAGCCGGUGGAGGCCGCCGCGGUCGCCCGCGCGGCCGACGGUGGCGACGCUCAUGCUGGUGCCGGCUCAUCGUCGUCGUCGGUGAUCAUCUUCAACUUCGGGGACUCCAACUCCGACACGGGCGGCAUGGCGGCGGUCAACGGGAUGAACCUCAACCUGCCCGAGGGACGCACCUUCUUCCGCCGGCCCACCGGGAGGAUCUCCGACGGCCGCCUCGUCAUCGACUUCAUCUGUGAGAGCCUGCACACGCCGUACCUGAGCCCAUACCUGAAGGCGCUGGGCGCGGAUUUCAGCAACGGCGUCAACUUCGCCAUCGGCGGCUCCACGGCCACGCCGGGGGGUUCUCCGUUCUCGCUGGACGUGCAGCUCCAUCAGUGGCUCUACUUUAGGGCCAGAUCCAUGGAAAUGAUCAACCUAGGGCAGAGCCCACCGAUCGAUCGCCAAGGAUUCAGAAAGGCCAUCUACACCAUCGACAUCGGGCAGAAUGACAUCUCUGCUUACAUGCACCUGCCCUACGAUCAAGUGCUUGCCAAGAUCCCCGGUUUUGUUGCUCAGAUCAAGUACACCAUCGAGACGCUGUACUCGCACGGGGCCCGCAAGUUCUGGAUCCACGGCACGGGCGCGCUGGGCUGCCUGCCGCAGAAGCUGGCCUUCCCGCGGGACGACGACACCGACCUGGACGCCCACGGCUGCCUCAACACCUACAACGCCGCCGCCAAGCGCUUCAACGCGCUGCUCAGCGACGCCUGCGCCCAGCUCCGGCGACGGAUGGUGGACGCCGCGCUCGUCUUCGUCGACAUGUACACCAUCAAGUACGACCUGGUGGCAAACCACACAAUGCACGGGAUUGAGAAACCUCUGAUGGCGUGCUGCGGCUACGGCGGGCCGCCCUACAACUACAACCACUUCAAGGCGUGCAUGUCGGCGGAGAUGCAGCUCUGCGACGUGGGCACGCGAUUCAUCAGCUGGGACGGCGUGCACCUCACCGAGGCCGCCAACGCCAUCGUUGCCGCCAAGGUGCUCACCGGCGACUACUCCACGCCCAGGGUCACCAUCGCCAGACUCGUCAACUCCACGCUGCCCAACGACGACUAG